GCGAGUGGCCUUUGAUUAGUCGAUUAAUUGAUGGGUUAGUUCGACAAUCAGCUGCGCCUUUUUCUGUUUAAUUUGUUGAUCUUCUACGACAGUGGAAUUUUAUCAUGGAAAGAGAGAUUUUCUGGGAGUCAACGGUUCAUGGAGCCGUAGCUGUGAUACUUGAUUAUAUUCAGCUUUACAGAGACAAAAAGGUCAUCUAUUUUGACGGUUGGUGUGGCUUUGGGGCUGCCCCGGUUCUAAGAUCCAUAACACAAGUACUUCUAUCUAAGAAAGAUCUUCCUCCAGAAUUAUGUUUUGAUAGAAUAAUCUACAUAGAUUGCUCAGCGUGGGAAAAUAGAAGGACGAUGCAGAGGAAAAUCGCAGAGGAGCUAAAACUUGACCAUGCAACAAUGGCAAUGUUUGACAAGCAUGAUGAGGAGGAUGACUUCAAUGGUGUGGACCAUAGUUCUAGGGAUGUGAUACGAAGUGUUUCAGCAGUGAUUGUCCAGACCUUGGGGUCCAGAAAUUGUAUGCUGAUUUUCCUUAAUGGAAGUGAUGAUGAGGUUGAUGUGAGUAGAUUUGGCCUUAGUCCUGAGUAUCACGACCACGUAAUCGUAUGGACAUUCGAAAGACGGUUUCUGACAAUGCACCAGGACCGUGCUGAGGAUAAGAUAGCAGGCAAGCUAAGAUACACCCACCUUUUUGUUACUAGCUUUGAGGGGGCCAGCGAUUUAAGAACUUCAGAGUUUAGUGCACUGCUGCAUGGAGAGGCUGAGAUCAUAGUUGCUCGCAACCCACGUUUGCUGGAUAUUGACCAAACAAUGGUGGCAGAUUGCUGUCUCUAUGAGCUAUUCUUGUAUUAUGGUUUUCACAGCGCCACUGGAUUUGAUUGGGUGGCUCAUGCUUCUAACUUCUGGGCAUGUGAUGGGAUCAUUAAAGGGGAUAGAACAAUGGAGAUUAGUAAUGUAUUGCAUCAGGAAAUAAGUUGGGAAUGUGAUGCUUCUCUGCUUAAGGGUGUGUCUGAAAAGUUCAUGAAAGAUCAAGAGGCUCCUUUUUGUGUAGUCAAAGAUGAGAUUGCUUAUGAAAAGAGGCCUUUCCGUUGGAUUUUUGUUACCUCGAAGAACCUAAAAGUACAGGAGAAUAUGCAAACUCUAUUGGAAAGGGCAUCGUCUUUAUUCGUAGCAUUUGAAAGGUCUAAUAACCCACACGGAUUACCAAAUGAAUUGUUCAAUUAUUGCAGCAACCUUGGCGUUCUAAUUCUCUCUUGGUGUGCCUUCAGCUUUGCAUCACCUCCUUUCCUCCAGUGCCACAGGUUGAGAUUCCUCGGAUUGGACCAUUGCAUGAACGGUUACACCAGUGCAGGAGAGGACUGUACAAAGUGGGCAUGUCUACUUAGUCUAUGGGUGCUUGACAUACGUUACACAGACUGGGAUGAGAUCUUAACUGAAGAAAAGAUGGAUCUCAUGGCCAACCUCAGGGAGCUAAACAUAGAGGGAGUCAGUUGUUGGCAGUACACAAGUAGAUUACACGGAAGACUAUCUUACCUUCGGAGGCUCCGAAUAAUCAAACCUACGCAUCAAGCAGAGACAUCAAUAGAUAGCAGCAACUCAUUUAUGGAUAAGACAAAGCUGGAAAUUCUCAAUUUGUCUGGCAACAAGGACAUGAAAAAUCUACCAGCAAGCCUAUCAAAGGUGAGCAGCCUUCAGGUGCUUAUUCUUGAUGGUUGUGAUGGGCUACAAAAUGUUGUGCUGCCUAGCGGGUUUCCUUCCUCACUAACAUCAUUCAGCUUUGACGGCUAUGGGUCUGCAUCCCACUGGAAAUCAACCGUUGACCUACCUCCAGAAAGUUCCCGUCCGAAGCGCCCGUCAGAUGCAAAUAAGAGGGAUGUCAAAACCUUAAAGAUAAACCUACAAGGUUGCACACAGUUAGAGAAUUUGUUCCUGCGUGGGCUACCCAAUCUUAUGGAGCUGGACCUCUCAGGAAGUGCAAUUAAGCUACUAGACUUUGUAACUAUGGUUGUGGCUGUCCCAAGACUAAAGCGACUCUUUCUGCUAGGCUGUGAGCACCUUCGUGGAAUAAGAUGGGGCACAAGUAAUUUCAUUAUACCGCAGCAGCUGGAGUUGCUUUGCAUAGACACACGAUCUAAGAGAACACUGGGGUGUACUCGGCCAUCUCUUCGCCAGCAUAAAUCCUUUCGGUUGCAGGUGCAUGCUAUUCUUGCGGACGCAAGACUGGCUAGGUCCUUGUGGCCUCUCGUGUCUUAUUACCAAGAUAAACUUUAUUUUGGUAUCCACAUCACCUCUUCAACUAUCUAUGGAGAUAUUGUUCAACUUGAAGCUACCAAAAAGGAGAUGGUUAAAUCUAGCUGGUACAAUGAUGUCUUUGCUGAGAUUGGUGAUGCCCCGAUGCAAGCCUUCCCGCGACCUCCGACUACACAGCUGGGUCGCCAUAUAGAGAUUGGUGAUGGGGGCCUCAGCGUCGAGAGUGAGCUAGCAAUUUCUCGUAAAAGAGAAAGAAAUUUAGCUGUUAUGAUGACACGGUUUGCCGAAUCUCUGCAUGUGCAUGACAUCUCAACCAGCGUUAGCGUUCUAGUAGGAGAAUGGGAGCGCCUCAGGUGGUGCCGCGUGGAGAGGUGCCCCAACUUGGACACCGUCUUCCCCCAGGGCACGGACUACUGGUUGCGUGCACUGGAGACCAUCUGGGCAUCGCAUCUCCUGAUGGCCCGGUGCAUUUUGGACAAACUUGUCCGUGUGCCUGCUUACUUGGACAAUCUACAGCACUUGCAUCUGCGCUCCUGCCCAAGGCUUCAGUUUGUGCUGCCGGUGUGUGGCUACUCCUUCCCCAACCUGAAGACCCUCCACGUCAUCCACUGCGGCCACCUCAUGCACGUCUUCGUCUUCGUGCACCUGCCUGCACGACCUGCCGAAGAGGUAGCCGUCCGUGGCGUUUUGUUCCCGAAGCUGGCCACCAUCCACCUGCAUGACCUGCCGAACCUGCGGCAGAUCUGCGAGGUCAAGAUGCUCGCACCCGCUCUGGACACCAUCAGGAUCAGGGGAUGCUUUGGCUUGCGCCGGCUGCCGGCCGUGGAGGCCCGCAAGCCAGGCUCGAAGAGGCCGACCGUCGAGAUCGAAAAGGACGUGUGGGACGCGCUAGAAUGGGACGGGCUGGCCGCCGACCACCACCCUGAGCGCUUCGAGCCGCCGGUGCACUCGCGCUACUACAAGAGGCGCCUCCUUAGGGGCACCGUCCUCAGUUCUUCUACUGAACUGCUUGCUUACUCACUCUGUGCAACUCUGCCUCUCGCAUUGCCUAGGUGA